UUUGCCUCCGUCUCUCUCUCUCUCUCUCUCUCUCUCUCUCUCUCUUUCUCUCUUUCUCUCUUUCUCUCUCUCUCUUUCUCUCUCUCUCUCUUUCUCUCUCUCUCUUUCUCUCUCUCUCUCAGAAACAUAGACCCUUUCUUUCCCGCUUGCGUUUGGGCAAAAGGAAGACUCUGUGCUGCAACGGUGUCUCCAUGGCGCGGUAAUAGAACCGCAGGCCGGACUGCGGGGCGAGGCCGGGCAAGACGUCCAAAUCCGGGAAAAACGGAGGUCAAUCCGGACCAGAUCCGCCCAAUGUGGCAGUUGUUGCCCAUCCGUUUCGCUGAUGGGACGUCUCCGCUUCUUCCUCCUCCUCCGACACUACUACCUACUCUCUCGCCUUGGAGCUGUGCGUAACAAGGGUGUGCGGCAGCGUAAGUGGAGGAGGCGUGGAGUCGGCACGGAGCAUGGUCCUCGGAUGUAUUCUAGGGGAGCGGGGCGGGAGAUGGAAUGUGACAAAGAUAUUGUAAAUCAAGACCAGUGCGACUCUGCUUGAUGAGCGUGUGUGGCUGUCCGGCAUUGCAACAAGUCAACCCGUCGUCUCCACCACCAAUGUGUUCUUAGCCGCGAUCGUGGAGAAGGAGGAAGAGGAGGAGGUGACAAAGGGCUCCAAGGCCUCCCCCCCCCCUCCGUGUCUGCGCUUAAUGACAGGUUGUGCCUUGCUUCUGCCAUGGAUGGAUGGAUGCCCUUGGCUGCAUGUCGUUCGGGGUAGCCCCUGGUUCCCGCGGCUCGUGAUCCUUGUAAGUCGUUGAUCGUUUCGGCCACACCACCCCCCGCCCCCCUCCUUCAUCGUUCGCAGGUCAUUCGAGUCUCUGUUUCGAUGUUGCUCACCCCUUGAGCUCGGCCGCAGCCCCGGCGGCCGAAGGCAGUCGCAUCAGGGUUGGUGAAGAAGAAAUGCCCCAAGACGAGAGUAGAAGAAGAAGAAAAAGAAAAAAAAGGAGGCCAGAAGAAAAGACGUCCUCUUCCCCUCCCGUCUCCCAUGUGCUGAACACGCGAUUCCAAUCAAGAACCAACAGCAACAGCCACAGCAACAGCGUCGUUUUCCUUGCUCCAUUCCCAGUAUUAAGUCGUGAUUCGUUUGCCCGCCAGCCGAAUUUCUUCUUUCUCUUUCUUUCUCUCUCCCUCUUCCUCCCUCCCUCCCUCUCUCUCUCUCUGUUACUUUUCCUCUGUUGCACCAGUAUUGCGCAAGUUUCCCCAGAACGCCGGCCAUGGACAACCUUCAAACCAUCCAAUUAACUGUGGACGCCGCAAAGGGCGUCGCCCUGGUCCGGUUUGACCGGCCUACCAAGAGAAACGCCUUCUCGCAGGCCAUGAUCGGUGAGCUCGUCGCGACUCUAGCUCAUCUCGACGCCCUGGACAGCGUCCGCGCCGUCGUUGUCACCGGUGGCCCGGACGGCCCUUUCUGCGCCGGGAUGGACCUGAACGAACUGGUGCAGAUCUCCACGGCUGAGGCCCACCAGCGCGCCUUUCUCAAGGACCUGACAGACGCCUUUGCCAGGUUUUCCAAGCCCAUCAUCGCGGCUGUGGUCGGAUUUGCCUUGGGCGGUGGCUGCGAAAUUGCCUUGGCGUGCGACAUGAUCUACGCGGCCGAGGAUGCCUCGUUUGGUCUUCCAGAGAUCAAGAUCGGAACUAUUCCAGGCGCCGGCGGCACCCAGCGGAUAGCCCGGGCUCUGGGCAAGCACAAGGCCAUGGAGUUUGUCCUCACCGGCGAACCAGCCAGCGGAUCCGAGUUUGAGCGCCUCGGCGUGAUCAAUAAGGUGUUCCCCCGCCAAGAAGUCGUGCCGGCGGCAAUGGGCCUCGCUGAGCGCAUCGCCGUUAUGUCGGGCCCCGUCGUCAAGACAGCGAAGCAGGCGGUUCUUACCGUCGAAAACAGCCAUCUCGAUGCCGGGAUGACCUUGGAAAAAUCUCUUUACUACUCGACUUUUGGCCUGGGUGACUUUAAAGAAGGGAUGACGGCCUUCCUCCAGAAGCGUCGCCCCGACUUCAAGCAUACUUGAGGCCCGGACUGGCCCGUACGUAACUUUCGGGAGAUUGCCGAAUGAUGUGCAGUGACGCCGUAACCGUUGCCGUUCUCGUUACCGAAACGCAGGCCCACUGCGUGCUUCAGGGCUCUAUCGUGUCGUGUAUCGUAUCGUUUUACAGAGUACACUAUCGAACUCAGCGUUAGGGUCUCUAACGCCGAAUGACUCGAGUCGAUGGCCGCCCUGGCAAACUGCUACGGCGUUCCAGAAGCUCGGUCUGGCCUCUUUCGGCUCCUGAGUUGUCGACAGGGGGGAAGGGUUUAA